AUGACUGGAGGAAGGCCUCUUGGGCCUUCAACUCCUUCUGAGUAUGCCGCUGAGGUGCGUGCGCUGGUAGACGCUUGUCGCGCAUGCACGAAGCCGAAGGAGUUAUUACAACAUUGUGAGGAUUUAUUUCGAUUGUUAUGCAAUAAAAAGAUUGAAUUAGAGGUUCCAUAUUCCCCUUCUGGGUUUCAUCCGGGGCAAGGAGAAGGAGAAAACGCCGCUUUUAUUGAAUGGCUGCAUCAGUCAUUUGAGGUGUUUGUUUCGAUUGUGUUCGGUCUUCUGGAGUCUGAAGAAGCGCAUAUCCAGCAACUGGGUCUUUCUUACUUAUUUAGAAUUAUAAAGCAUGAAGCGCAAGUGCACAGGUCUUCAACAUUUCCUCUCUCUGUAUUUCAAUUCUUCAUCUCGCGGCUGCUGCAGACUGACAGCUUCACCAGCUACCUGCAGCAGCUGCUGCAGCAAAACUACGCACAGAAAUAUGUUGAUAUCCGCUAUUAUUUGUUUGUGGUGGUUUUGAAGAUAUUGAGGGAGUUCAUUGCACGAAAGGAAAACCAAGACAACAACAGCCUCACGCACCAGACUCCUACUGCUGCUGCUGCUGCUGCUGCAGCUGCAUCUGCUGCGGAGGAAGCUGAGAGCGAGACAGAAGAGGGGAAAGAAACAGAGUGGUAUGUUUGGAAGAUAGGAGAGGCUGAGCUGAGCAGCAGGCUGACUUCUUUGCUGCUGCAGUUAGCAGAUACUGUCGCAGGCGACCGCUACUUAGGUAAGAAGAACCGGAAGCGCAGCAGCAGCAGCAGCAGCAGCAACAGCAACAGCAAAGAUGAAGAUAAUGAUAUGAGCGAAGAUGAAGAAGACGAGGCAUCUUCUGUAUCCGAAGAAGAUGAAAAGAAUAAGGAGAAGACGUUUAUUCAUGGUUUGAGUGCUUCUAAGGCUCUGCACUUCAGCAACCAUCGGACUGCAUUUCAGAGUGCGUGGUUGUUGCUGCUGCUGCAUGUGCAGCACAGCAGCAAGACGCUGCAGCAGCUGCUGCAGUCUGUCCCUCGCCGUGUGCUGCCUCUCUUGUCUAAUCCUAUUCUCCUUGCAGAUUUCUUUCUCAAUGCUUUCGCAAUCAGCAAACAAAUCUCUCAUCGUAUUUCUGCUUUAUCGGGGCUCUUCUUCUUGUUAACAAAACACAGACUGGGGGACCCAGAGUUAGUUAUGAGGAGAGAAAGUCUUUUAAACAACUCCAGCAGCAGCAGCAGCAGCAGCAGCAGUGCUGCAGAAGCAGCAGCAGAAGCAGGCGUGCAUUUCUAUCAGCAGCUGUACAGACUGCUGACGCCUGCUGCUUUUGCUGCUCGUCUCCGCUCUCGUUUUCUGCGUUUAUUAAAUAUUGCUCUUCGUAGCGAUAUGCUUCCAACAUGUCUUAUAGCCUGUUUUAUAAAGAAAUGCUGCAGAGUUGCAUGCAUUGUUUCUCCUGCAGCAUCUCUUUCUCUUCAAGCACUUGCUGCUUCUCUACUUCAUAAAUACUUCAAUACAUGCAAACCUCUAGUUAGCAUUCCUUCACAUGUGGCGGCAACUCUGAGGAUUUCAGGAGAUGCUUUCGACUACUGCUCAGCAAAAAUAAGAAAAAAACAAAAUGCACAUACCGCUCCUGCUGCUGCUGCUGCUGCUGCUGCUGCUGCUGGUUCUGCUGCUGCUGCUGGUGAAGGUGCAGCAGGAUGGAGAAGAGAAGGCGGCGGGGGUUUAUCUUCUUUUAGUUCAGGAGAGGAAGACGAUGAUGAAUUGCUUGAAGAAGAAGAAGAAGAAAAUGCAGUAUUGCGUUUAGCUGCAGCAGCAACACCUGCACGUUUAAGAGUCAAUACUAAGAAAGAUAUAACUCCUUUAGCAAGAAAAGAAGCUAAGAUAAGUCUCUGGGAGAUAUCUCUCUUAAAGAAACAUGCAUUGCUGCCAGUACAACAACUUGCAUGCAUAUUUAAUUCGGACUUCUCUAACCCUGCAUGCAAGAAGGUCGAGUUAGAAGAUUUUCUUAAUAUUUCUGCUGGGGCUCUCUUAGCGAGAGAAAUCAAAGCUAUUAAUAAACCCUCUUCUCUCCUAUUUCCUAUUUCUUCAGCAAAUGCAGACACUACAUACAAACUUCCAGAUGUUCUUCAUUUGCAUGCAGCAGCGAUGAAUAUUGCUAAUAUUAAUUCCCCCUGUUCUUAA